AUGCCAACCAAAUUCUCAAACAAAUUUCUCGGCACAAUUUUGACAGAAGAUGGAAGAAGUAAGAUGAUGUGGAAGGCAAGAAAGAAGAAAAUAAAAAAUGAGGCCAUAAUAGAGCGAAAGAAAAAACACUGGAGAAACAAAAGGCAGCAUGAAGCAGCAGCAAGUGAAGGUGGAUUGAAGCAGGCAAAAUUGAAGGAGAUUCUGAAGAUGAACUGAUGGAGGCACUGAAGAAGAAGAAGAAGAAGCUAA